AUGCCUCCGACGUCUGGCGAUGGAGCCCGCCCCGCGGCGCUGGAGGUCGCGCGCGGCGCACUUCUGGCCCUGCACUCGGCUGCUGGGCUCACCACGGGCAGCGCGGAGAUGGUCGAGGCUCGCCGCCUCCUCCGCGCGGCCGAGGGCAUGGUCAGGGCUGCGGUGGCCCUCCUGGCCAAGCCGCAACCUCCCGCGCUGGACGCGGCGGCUGGAGCCGCGCCGCCUGCUGCCCCUCGGCGGCGGCAGCGGCCUCGCGGCGGCGGCGGCUCGAAGGGCGGUAGCAAGGCUGGGCAGGAGGACAUCGUGAUGACGGACGACCACGUCACUGGAGGGUCUGCGGAGGAGGGGCCUCCGGAGCUGGCGCCUGACGACUGGGCCGACGACCUGCCGAUCGUGCGUCGGCCAGUUCGCCGCCCGCCGGGCGCCACGGGUGGGGGCGACGCGCGCUCCCGCCCGCCGGCCGCGGGAGGCAAGGGCAAGGGCAAGAGCAAGGACAAGAACACCCUGGACCUCCCCGCUGGCGCUCCUGCAGCACAGGGAGUGAACGAGGCGGAGGCGGAGCCUGCAGCAGCUGGCGGAGCCGCCGCCGUCGCCACCCCUGGCGAGCGCAGCGGCGAGCGGGCGGCCCUGCUCGCAAAGCUCGUGGCGUCUGGCAUGUUCGGCCAGAGCCUGCUGCCCACCAUGCAGUCCCUCGAGAUCGUCGCGCUGCGCCACCUCGUGUCGCAGCUGCCGCACUGA